GUUUUCUGGCCGGCUGGCACAAACAGCAUUCCUGACUUGGCUCUGGUUCGUUGCGGCUUGUUGUGGCGCGUGCGAACGUUCUACGCCACGCAGAUAAGAAAGGCCUUCCGUUUCAUACAACCCCAGUGUCUCGAUUCACGUGUUGCAGUAGGCCGAGUGUCGUGAAGGGAUUUAGAGAACAUCCUAGUAGCCAGUCUCGUUUUACUCGCUCCAUCUAAAUGGCAGUACGCCAGCCUCCCAAAACAGUGUCGAGCGGCAAAUAGAUAAGAAAACAACCCUUCCCGUUGUUCCGUGAGUGUGUGUGUAUGUGUGCAGGUGUGUGGGAAAAGUGUUGGCCCGGAUGAUAAGCGUGGAAAAGCGUUGUGUCCGUUUCGGAAAAGCCGCCUUGUUUCCAGUAAACCGGUUUGUUGUCCCAGUGGUUGUGUUUCUUCGUUGUCAUAGCGAGAACAUGUAGUAGUGAGAAGUGUACGGGCUUGCCGCUACUAUCCACUAUCCCCUCGAGAGAGAGAGAGAGAGAGAGAGAGCGAGUGACGUCAUCGUUGAGAACCUUCCGGUUUCCUGUUCAAUCAGCUGUUUUUAGGGCCGCUUUCCGUUCGCGCGUACCCGGGACCAUCGUUGACAUCGAACGCAGUGAAAACGUGAGUCGUGAUCGCUCAUCGUCACCAUCGCUUGCGAUCACAGAAAAAGAAGCUCGUGCCAAGAAGCGUUUCGUUCGGGGGGGAGGAUCGUUCCUCUGGAGAUCACACGGAAGAAGAUGGCGCUAGACGGAAAGGCAAUCAAAGAGGAAAUCCCCGACAAAGACACGUACGAGACGAGUGCACGAAAAAUGAAAGGUAAGGAGCAAUGCCGCACACCGGACUCACCGGAAGGGGCCCGUGUCGUGGCUCCGCGCUCCCCGAUUUCGCCCCAGAUCUCGCACCAUCACAGCACGCUCGUGCCACCCCGGUCGGCUGCGUCGCAAGUCAAUCGCAACGGGAGCUCCUCACCGACCGGUAAUGCCACCGGUGGCACCGGUGGUGGUGGAUCCGGAGGUGGUGGGAGCGGCGGUAGCCUCGGGAGUCUAACACCACCGCCCGCCAUUACACCGGCCUCGGCGGCCGCAGCGGUUGCGGCAGCAGCAGCGGCCGCCGCCGCACAGCAGGACACCGCCAAGCUGCUCAAAAUCCGCCGAUUCCUCGGGGCGCUGGUACAGUUUGGACAGGAUGCGAACGUUGACACCGGAGAUCGGGUGCGUUCGCUGGUGCUUUCGCUGGCGAGUGGAGCCAUCUCGGUGGAUGAGUUUCAGCUGGCGGUACAGGAGGCCACCAACUUUCCGCUGCGCACCAACGUUGUGCCGUUUCUGAAGUCACACGUUCCGGUACUACAGCGCGAGAUCAACAUUUUGGCACGAUCCAACAAACAGACAUCAUCACAGUACGUUCGAUCGAACGAAAGCAGCGUCAUGGAGUACGUGCAGAAUCUGGCCGAAACGGCCGAAAUAUUCCUACCACACGAGGGUCCAUUUUCUUCCUCUGUGACGGCUGCGGCUGCAGCUGCUGCAGCUGCCGCAGCUGCCGUCGCCAGUGGUGCUGCGUCAGCCGGUUCCGCUUCCGGUGCAUCCGUCAAUGGAUUGGGAUUGAAACGACGAGCUUCUGAUAACUUAUACGAUACACAUCCGGCGGGACCACCGGAAUGGAGUGACUACGUGUUGCCACCGACCAAACGACCACACCCUUCACUGCUGCUGGCCACCGCCAGUGCAUCCCAGCUAUAUCCGGCCCAUCCGGCGCUGUUCGAGUACCAGAAUGGUGGUCUUCAUCCACAUUCCGAUGGUCUGCAUUCCCUGCAUCGGGACGAUCGUGAACUGCGAGCCGGUUCCACCGAGUCACAUCGGCCACCUAGAAUUCCUCCCGGUGGUGGAAGUGCUGGAGCGGCCGGUACUGGUGGUGCCAGUUCCGCUAACGCGCCGGGCAAUGGGAGCCUCAGUGGUCCCGGUAGUUCGGGCAGCGGUGGUGGUGCGAGUGGUGAGGAAGAAUGGAAGAACAUCCACACAAUGCUGACCUGCAUCUCGGCGAUGGUGGAGAAGACCAAGCGCGCCAUUUCGAUCCUGCAGCAGCGCGGUAUCGAGAACAGUCACGCCCGGGAUCAUCAGGAUACGUCGAUGGCUGACAUUAAGCGCCAGACGGAGGAGAAAAUAUCCGAGUUUCGACGUACGGCCGAGGAGUCUGUCAAUCAGGUUAAGCGCCAAGCCGUUAUGGAGAUACAGCGUGCAGUGGCCGCUGCCGAAGCCCGAACACUGGAAAUGAUUGCCCAGGAGCGGCUGAAGAUGGAGAAGAUGUUUAGCGAAAUACACCGGGGUAGUGCUGAUGACGCGGAGUCUCCGAUUACUACUGGAAGCCAAAAUGCAUGCUGGAAUUGUGGACGGAAGGCCAAUGAAACCUGCUCCGGGUGCAAUCUGGCGCGUUACUGUGGAUCAUUUUGUCAGCACAAGGACUGGGACCAGCAUCAUCAGGUGUGCGGUACAUCACGCGCCGAGAACAGUUUCCAGAAGCAUGCCCAGAGCUCCCGCACAUCCAUAGCCUCCCGCUCGACGACACCGCAGCAGCAAAGCAACAGUACAGCGAACGGUACGGCAUCCGCCGCAAAAUGACGAUCCAAAUUGCUGAAACCUAAGAAGAAGUAUCUCUGCUAGUCAAAUUACCCAAUGCGUUCGAAGUUGUGGUGGCCCUCGCUGGUCAGCAAGUGCAUGUUCCACAGCCAGAUUGCAUCGGUCUGAGCUGGAGGAAUGGUGAACGAUCGAUAGCGCACGAUCAUCCUUACGAUUAGUGUAGUUUGUUUUCGUUGUUGCGGUUACUGAAGGUUAGUUAGACGCUUUCGUUUCGAGUCCCGUGAAAGUAAAAUAUCAUCGUCGUCCGGUGCAAUAAAGGUAUGCCUUCCUCCUCGCUAUGAAUCUCCCGGAAGCAUCGCGGUCCCCACGGGGUCAGCUCGCCAGCGCGAGAAGUAGUAGCAGUACGCGAAGUAGAUUUCAACAAUUCCAAAGUAAAUGCUGAGCCCAUCGAGUAUAUGGUUAGGUGGUGAUGAAUGAGAACGACGGCCCAACGGCAGGUACUAUCGGUACUACAAAAACUACUAUUACUACUACUAUCAGUGAUGACGAGUAGGAGCAGCAGGGCAACUAAUAGAGUAUAGAAAUUAAGUAGAUUCCGAGCAAGAGCGCAUAAGUUCUCUUUUUCUCUCUUUACUACGCUAGCGCACCAACAGCCCACAGACAAAUCUCUGCACCAUUGACCGUUUUAUGUGUAUGCACUACCUGUCUUUAACAGCAUAAAACACUAAUAGACACAGAAACAGGGUAUAAAGAUGCGGAGGUAUCGUGUCUGCCAAUUUGGCGGGCAUCAUAAUUAGCAGCUGCAUUACUAGCAACUACGGUUCGAGUUUGCAUUCUUUUCCAUACUACAAUACACGUAUUAGCGUAACUACUCAAUAGCAGAACCUUGAACAGCACGUAACAGCGCGUUCCUUUUUGGUGAACCACCCCAGGCAACCAAUGCGACCCCACCCCUUAAGCGCACCGCCGUUUUCAGUUCCUUUUCAUCGCGAGCAUCGUAUCCUGCGGAGGACGAUCCAGCGUAAUGAGGCUAACCAACUAGAGUGUACGGAGAGUAGUGUCUCUACUAGGUCUGAUUUUUAUGUUUAGUUUCUCCUAGAACUAAUGGCUCGCCCUAGCAUUUACCAGCUCUCAUGUAGUAGGAUAAUAAUUGUUGAAUUUAAUUUAUUGGCAUCUCUGUUUCGUAGCGUGUAUCUUGUUUCUUCAAGUCAGCCAGGCCCAGCAGCAGAAGCCCUGGCCGAGCUGGCUCUAGUUUCUAAUCGCGAGAAGUAUAUACUACUGUCAAAGUCGAAGUGUGUACUAACGCAGUGUGUACGGUACCAAAAACAUAAAUUCUAUAAACCAGGCUCAUCUAUUCGUACCAUUCUUCUAGUGGACACAUUAAGCUGCGCACACGGAGGGAUAGAGCGGAAGGAACCGUGAUUAAAUCACUUAGAGCAGCUAGAGCGCUACUAUCCGUUGGAAUGAUGUAAAUAUCUUCUUUCUGUAAAACUUACCCCGCAAGCUCUUGCACUCUUUGAGUCAUAUCUAGGAUGUAAAUGGAUAAUUCGCGGAAUUAUAAUUAUUACAAA